AUGCCUCUGCCGAUAUGUAAACAUCCGAAUGAGGGCGAGGAGGAGAUGAAAAAAAGCUGGGUGCGACAUGAGCAACUUUGUGCGCAAUUGGAAGCAUGCCAUUUGGAUUUGAAGCAGAAUGAGGCGCAGAUGCACAUUUUAACAGCAACUGGUGCGGAGCUGAAGGAAAAGCAUAAGAGAAUCAGAGGGCUUCUUGACACUGCUAAAACCAAUGAUGACACCGACGAACUGCAAACUUUGUCGACGGAGAUUGAAAGUAUCGAGAAGCAGACCAGAAUUUGGCUCAAUGAGCUACAUGAUGUUCAUGAUAAGAGAGUGGAGAUCGAUUGUCAGAUGAUUCGCCUUGGAGCAGAGGUCAAGAAAAACGAGACCUAUGUUCAGUUGGCCUGUAUCGACAUCGAAAGAAUGGAUCUCAGACACCAAAUAAGAUGGAAGAAUUUUCUGAAGAAUGGCAAAUAA